GACGCCAUUGUGUUUACCACCACAAAGCUACAGCCUAGAUGCCCCGGGCUUACAACAAUGCUGAUUGAACGGGUGAGGACGACAACAAUAUCAGGUGUUGCAAUGGAAGUUUCAUCAAAAACCGAACGAAGAUCGUACGUUAGUGAGGAGGAGGAGGAGGAGGAGGAGGAAGAAGAGGAAGAAGAGGACAAGGACGACGAGAAGGAGGAGGACGGCGAUGAAGAUGACGAAGAGGAGGAGGAGGAGGAGGAGGAGGAGGAGGAGGAGGAGGAAGAAGAGGAGGAAGAAGAGGAGGAAGAGGAGGAGGAAGAAGAGGAGGACAAGGACGAUGAGAAGGAGGAGGACGGCGAUGAAGAUGACGAAGAGGAGGAGGAGAAGGAGGAGGAGGAGGAGGAGGAGGACGACGACGAGGAGGAGGAGGAGGAGGACGACGACGAGGAGGAGGAUAAAGAGAUGGAGGGAAAGGAGGAAGAGGAGGAUGAGGAAAAAGAGGGAAAGGAGGAGGAGGAGGACGGGUGGCGAGGAGGAGGAGGAGGAGGAGGGGGAAGAGGAGGAGGAGGAGGAGGAGGAGGAGGCGGAGGAGUAGGACGACAACGGCGAAGAAUAAGAAGGCGAGGAGGAGGAGGAGGAGGAGGACAAUUAAUCAGUCAAUCAACGUUCAAUCUAUCAGUAAUCAAGAUCAAUAAGAAGGCGAAGAAUAAGAAGGAGGAGGAGGAGGAGGAGGAGGAGGAGGAGGAGGAGGAGGAGUACAGAGAAGAGGAGGAGGAGGAGGAGGAGGAGGAGGAAGAAGAAGAGGAGGACAAGGACGACGAGGAGGAGGAGGACGGCGACGAAGAAGAAGAAGAGGAGGAGGAGGAGGAGGAGGAGGAGGACGAGGAGGAGGAGGAGGACGACGACGGGUGCGAUGGACGACGCCGACGAGGAGGAGGUGGAGGACUAGGAGGAGGAAGAAGAUGAGGAGAAGGAGGAGGAAACGGACGGAAAGGAGGAGGAGGUGGACGGAAAGGAGGAGGAGGAGGAGGAGAAAGAGAUGUAGGGAAAGGAGGAAGAGGAGGAUGAGGAAGAGGAGGGAAAGGAGGAGGAGGAGGAGAGAGAUGAGAGGGACAUGGAGGAGGAGGAGGGUACGCACCUGCACGAGGGUUGGAGGAGACGUCGGGUCGUGGCCAUCGAUGGCGACGCGGCAACGUCCAACUCCGACGACGUGCCCAAGUCGCGCGUCGUCCAGUCGCAGUACACAGCCAAAUUCGAAUUC